AUGAAUAUUUACAAUAAAUUAUCCCUCAGGUGGUUGCAUGGUAUAAAAUUGAAACAUCUGCCCUUGCAAAGUGUCGGGAGUUGUACUUCCGCUUAUAGAAUCUCACGCUAUAACAAUCACAAAGCUAUAGAUAGCAUUUUUAGUGGCUUAAAUGUACACUUGUCACUAUAUACACACAAUUACUGCACACAUCCUAAAUUUACAACAUCAACUACAGCAAAUAUAUCGAAUAGUAGACCUAACUCAUGCGACAAAGGCGGUAUCGCCGUGUCGUACAAACAAGUAGUGGUCAACCCUCAGAGUUUGGAGGAGGCUAAACGUACGAUCUCUCAGCUUGUGGCUAAUGAACCACGACUAUUGCUGAUAAAGGGGACGCCGGAAGCACCAAUGUGUGGAUUUAGCGCGCAGGUAUUGAGGGUAAUGGAAGCGAAACAACUAAGCUAUGCGUUUGUAGAUGUUUUGUGCAAUGAAUAUGUGAGGCAAGGAGCCAAAGAGGUAUCUAAUUGGCCCACAUUCCCACAAGUGUUCGAGGAAGGUGAAUUUGUGGGUGGAUGUGACGUAGUGACCGAGAUGUAUACUAAUUUUUAG